AUGCCGCAGCAGAAGGACAUAGUUAAAAUAGCCAUCCAGAUGCCUGGGGCCUACCCCCAGCUCAUACAGCUGGACCAGAAAAAGCCUCUGUCAGCUGUGAUUAAGGAGGUGUGUGAUGGCUGGAACCUCCCAGGUCCUGACAACUACGCUCUGCAGUAUGCCGACGGAGUUCAGAUGUACAUCACCGAAUCGAAUCGUCUGGACAUUAAGAACGGCUGCAUUCUGCGUCUGACCAAGGCCCCGGGUCGCUGUGCAGAAGACUUGUUCAAGGGCAUCCAGAGCUCGGACGCAGGCGUGCGCUGUGAUUCGCUGAAGGAGUUGGCGAACGUUUCCAGAGACGUGACGUUCGCUCAGGAGUUCAUCAGCCGAGACGGACACCUCGUUUUGGUUAAAAUAGUAGAAGACUCUAACGAGAAUAACUUGAUCAUGAUGCACACACUCACUGGUUUCAUGGAGCUGAUGGACCAUGGGAUUGUUUCGUGGGAGAACCUCUCUUCUAUCUUCAUUAAGAAGAUCGCCAGCUUCGUCAACGCCAAGGUGACGGAUGAAUCAAUUCAACAGGUGUCCCUGGACAUCCUGGAGAGCAUGGUACUGAGCAGCCACAGCCUGUUCGUACAGGUCAAACAGGAAGUCACCAUGGAGAGACUUAUCGCUCACUUACAGGUUGUUUUUCAACUUUUUUAUUUAUUUUUUAGGACAAACCAGCAGAUACAAACCAAAGCCAUGGCCCUGCUGAUGGCCUUACUGCAGACAGCGGGGGAUUCAGACAGACAGGAAAUGUUUGCAUUCCUGAAUAAGAAGAAUCUCCGCCAGUACAUCUUUAAGAACAUUAUCCUGAGUUCUGGGUUAGUCCAGGAUGAGAUGGCCCACUACCUUUAUGUCCUACAGUCCGUUACAUUAAAUCAUUUGGAGGAUCGUAUGAGGAUGCCGCUGGACUGUUACAGCCAGGAACAACGAGACAUACUUCACACUUUGCGACAGGCAGCGUUUGAGACCGACAGCGAAAACAGCCUCAGUCACGAAAGACGACGCUCACUUUGUGCAAAGGAGUUCAGGAAACUGGGCUUUUCUAACAACAGUAACCCCGGUCAGGACUUGGUGCGGACGCCUCCCGGUCUUUUAGCUCUGGACACCAUGUAUUAUUUUGCCACACACUAUCCUGACGCCUACAGCAGGUUUGUUCUGGAGAACAGCAGCAGAGAGGAUAAACACGAGUGUCCGUUUGCCCGUAGCAGCAUCCAGCUCACGCUCAUCCUUUGUGAAAUCCUGCGGAUCGGAGAGCCACCCUCGGAGACGGGAUCCGGCUACCAUCCCAUCUUCUUCAGUCAGGACAAACUGAUGGAGGAGCUUUUCUGUGUCUGUAUUCAGCUUCUAAACAAAACCUGGAAGGAGAUGAGAGCCACGCAGGAGGACUUUGACAAGGUGAUGCAGGUGGUGAGGGAGCAGAUCACCAGGACCUUGUCCACCAAGCCGACCUCCCUGGAGCUCUUCAAAAACAAAGUGAACGCUCUGAACUACAGCGAGAUCCUGAAGCUGCGGCAGACAGAGCGGCUGCAUCAGGAGGAGACGCUCUCUCCACCUGUGCUCGAACUCAAAGAGCGCUUGAAGCCAGAGCUGCUGGAGCUGAUCCGCCAGCAGAGACUUAACAGGUUGUGUCAGGGAACCAUGUUCAGGAAGAUCAGCAGCCGGCGAAGACAGGAUAAACUGUGGUACUGUCGCUUGUCGCCCAAUCACAAAAUGCUUCAUUUCGGUGACGUGGAAGAUGAUACAGAGAAUCCACCAAUAGAAACACUGCAAGAGAAGAUUCCAGUGGCAGAUAUUAAAGGCUUGUUGACGGGGAAAGACUGCCCUCACAUGAAGGAGAACAAAGGCAAACAGAACAAGGAGGUGCUGGAUCUGGCAUUUAGCAUCACAUACGACGUUGAGGAGUACAACCUGAAUUUCAUCGCCCCCUCUAGAACCGACUUCUGCCUGUGGACAGAUGGACUGAGUGUCCUCCUGGGCAGGGACAUGAGCAGUGAAUCAAUGCGAAGCGAGCUGGAGAUCCUCCUCUCCAUGGAGAUUAAACUCCGCCUCCUGGACCUGGAGAACGUUUCCAUCCCUGACAGCGCCCCCAUCGUCCCGAAACCUCCGAGCAACUACAACUUCUGCUACGACUUCAGUCAGACGGAGCAGUAGAGGAUGAA